ACUUAUUAGAGAUUGUUCACCAUCAAACUCUCAAACGGAAGAAACAACCAUGCAAAUCUCAUCUCCCCGAAUCUCUCACGCAACAACCUAAUCUUAUCACUCCUUUUAUUUAGCUUAUAGAUAAACAUCUCUACUUGUAUAUAUAUGUGACUAUAAGCUGUAAUUAGGGUGAAUUAAUGAAAUAUAUUUUCCAGUUACAUACUUUACAUGGUAUCUAGAGCCUUUCUCAAACGAGAUCUCUGAUCCUGCAAUUUUUUUUUUUUCCCAAAUCUGCCGAUGACUUCUUCAUCUAGCACCACCAUGUCUUCCUUAGUUACAAUAAAUGCUGCUGCCCAAUUACCUCUAAAGCUCACCUCCACCAACUAUUUUUCAUGGAAAGCACAAUUUCAUGCUCUUCUUUAUGGUCUGGACCUUCUUGGCUAUUUAGACGGUUCCAAACCAUGUCCGACGGCUACCACAUCUGCAGAUGGUUCCUCCAAUCCGGAACACAUCCUUUGGCGCCGCCAAGAUCAAUUACUUCUUCAUGCUAUUUUCGCCUCUCUCAGUGAGGCUGUCAUCCCUCUUGUCUCGUCUGCCACCACAAGUAAAGACGCUUGGAAUCGACUACAUCGUCUCUAUGCCAAGCGAUCUACAUCCCACAUCAUUCACCUCAAAGACAAACUCUCAUCUAUCACCCGUGGGACUUCUUCUGUUACAGAAUUUCUUGUCUCCAUCAAGCAAAUUGCCGAUGAACUAACAGCUCUUGGUGAUCCCCCGAGCGAUGCCGACUUGUUGAUCUACACAACCCGUGGCCUUGGAAUAGCUUACAAAGAAUUGAUCACGGCUUUACGGACUCGGGAUUCUGUGGUUCCUUUUGAGGAACUCUUUGAUAAAAUCAUUGAUCAUGAAUCCUUCCUGCUGCACAAUGAGAAACAGUACUCUGAUGUCACACCACCCACUGCUCAUAUUGCUACACACCCAUCUCGCUUUCGCCAAACAAAACGCUCGUCUAUCACACCUAGCCAUGGUGUCCUACCUACCCCUCACCAGCCCAAAAAUUUCCCCACUCGAUCUAUUCAGACACUCUGUCAAUAUUGUGACAAACGGGGCCAUGAUGCAAAACGCUGUUUCAAGCUAUUUCCUCAUCUGCGACACAAUCACCCUUCGGCAAAUCACACCACUGUAGCUUCACCACAAAAUAAUCAAUGGAUUUUGGACUCGGGUGCUUCUCAUCAUGUCACUUCUCAAUUAUCUAAUCUUUCAGUUCAUCAACCUUAUGGGGGACCCGAUGAUGUACACAUCGGUGACGGUUCAGGUUUAUCUAUCACUCACACGGGAUUUACGUACGGGGACACCUCUGCUCCACGGACGGAAUCGACAUGAUCUCUAUGAGUGGCCAAACUUCAAGGAUGUAACUACUCACCCGCCCAAGGCUUUCUCUACUGGUGUUUCUUCCUUGGCUUCU